AUGGAUGUUUUAAGUCUUUAUACGAUGAUACCACAAACAGAAGGAAUUUUAUCAAUUAAAAAACUGUUCGAUUACUUAAACAUAAAAAAAAUUAAUGAUUUAAAAAUUGAAACUAUUAUUCAUUUAUGUCGAUUCAUGGUACAUAAUAAUUAUUUUCCUUAUAAUGGAAAAUGUUAUCAUCAAGUACGUAGUGGUGUUAUGGGUUCUCCGUUAACAUUAACAAUUGCUAAUUGUUAUAUGUUCUUUUUUGAAUGA